AUGGCCAUCUAUUGUCUUUCCUCAGCCCACACAGUGCCAUUCCUGCCCCUGAACCAGUCGGAGGCAUUCUGCAGUCGGUUUGAGAAUGGCCAGUGGUACUGCUACAUCAUCUUGGUCCUCUUCACCUUUGCCCUGCCCUUGGGCAUCCUGGGUAACGUGGCAGCGGUGCUAAACUAUACCUGCUUCAGGAGGACCAGAGGUCUGUCCACCAGCAACGUGUUCCUACUCAACCUGGCCCUGUGUGACUCAGCCUGGACCCUCACCCUGCCCUUCACCAUCUACUUCAGCCUCCAGAGGUCCUUCCACAGGGACAUCCAGAUCUUCUGCCAGCUCAAGAAGAUCUUCUUCAACAUCAACAUCUACGGGAGUAUCUUCUUCCUCACUCUGAUCAGCUUCGACCGCUACGCCGGCACCGUGCACCCCAUCAGCUCCCUCAGGUGGUGGGACACUUGUAAAGCCAAGCUCUGCUGCGCCUGCGUCUGGAUCUUCCUCUUCCUGGGCUGCAUCCCCGAGCUCUUUGUGACCUUCGCCUUGCAGAGACCGGGGAACGUGACCGUGUGCAUGGACCACAUCCAGGGUCCGUUCGUCUUAUUCAAAACCAUGUCCAUCAUCAAGACUCUGGUGGGCUUCGCCUUGCCGUUCAGUGUCAUGCUGGUCUUCUACGGGAUGACAGUGCAGGUUUUACGGGGCCUCCCUCGGGGGAAGAGGAGAGGUGGUGGGGGUCAGUGGGUGGGGAAGCCCCUGAUGCUCAUCACCGCCGCUCUGCUGGUGUUUGUGGUGUCCUUCGUGCCCUACCACGUCAUGAUGAUGACCCUGGUGUUUAUGAGGAUCAACGACCAGGUGACUCCGGCCAACGUGCACGUCCUCUAUGCCUCCUAUGAGUUCUUUGAGGCCAUGUGUAGUGUGAGCAGCUGCCUGGACCCAGUGCUGUACAUCCUGGCCAGUGACAGGUUCCAGAAGAGACUGCAGGCCCUCAGGAGGGGCCAAUAUACGGGACUGUGCUGUAGGCGUAGCAGGAGGGUAGCGGUGGAGGGCUGA